AUGGACCCCAAGCGGCUCAAAGAAUACUGUCACAGAGCUUCUGACGCCCAGUGUGCGGGUGCGAUUGGCGGAGAGCUCGGCGGAGGCUUGGGCGCCUACUGCUUUGAGAGUAUGCACCGCGAGAUGUGUUCAGGGUUUGACCAUCAGAUUGGCAUGGCAGAGGGGAUUGGAGGAAUACAAGUGGGCAGCUGGGCAUCGAUCCCAGCAAGAACUAGGCCAAAGCAAGCAUCUGCUGCAAUCCACCAGAAUGAGCUGCAACAAGAGGAGGUGAGCGGAGCCAAGGCGUUUGACCGGCCAAAGGCAGCAUCUGGCAAUCUCGGCGUAGCUUGGCAACACAAACGAAAACAAACGCGCACCAUGUGCAGUGACAGUGUGGGAAACCUUUCCAGGAGACAUUUAGUGUGA